GCACACCUGGAUGUCAUUCUCCACCCACACCUCAGUAUAUAAGCUCCCUGAUGUUCACAGUUCUUUGUUGGUUGCUCCCAGUACUCUGCUCUAUGUCAUAUUUUUCAUUUGGCGGUACCUUGGUUGUUCCACCCAUCCUCUAUAAAUCCGUCCGACACUGACUGUUUGUUUUUCACAACUUCUUUAUUCACAAGAGGACAAUCAUGAGGACCAUCGCAGGGACCAUUGUGGUUUUAGCGUUUGCUUUGUUAGCUACAGCUCAGGUGGCGCAGAAAUGUUCCGCUCCGCCGGAGUACCCGCACACUCGACUGGAAAAUAAAUUAAUCUCCAGACAGAAGUUCAGAAGCGGGGAGAAGGUUUACUACAGCUGCGCCGAAGACUUUACUCCAUCCAGGGGGAGCAGAGAUGUGACGUGCCAGGGUGGGAAGUGGAGCCAACUGGCUCUAAAAUGCGAAAAGAUUUCAUGUGGCAACGCCGGGGAUCUCCCCAAUGGGAACUUUGUGUAUGAAGGCCACACAUACGUUGGGGAGAAAGUUUAUGCUGAAUGCAACAAGGGAUACAUUCUGAAGGGAAUGAACUACAUGAUAUGUAAGAAAUCUGGAUGGACUGGAGAAGUUCCAUCAUGUGUAGAAAAAAAAGUCACAUGCUCCAGCCCAGCAGUGAACAACUCCGUGAAGAGAGAUGGAAAGGUUUCGGUUCACAUUGUUGGAGACACCAUGAACUUCAUCUGUAAAACUGGUUUCCAGCUGAACGGAGCACAGCAGAUCACCUGUGGGCCCAAUGGCCAGUGGCAGCCUCAACCCCCUCAGUGUUUACCCUCCCCAAAUAAAAUUCAAAGGCCAUUGAGCAAACCAACAGGUGGAUGUGAUGCACCACUCACUGUCAGGAGCUCCAACGCCAACCUUGUUGAUAAGUACAUCACUAUGACAUCAUUUUCUUCUGGCGACAAAGUCUACUACAGCUGUAAUGUGGGUCAUAGUCCAGCCGGCGGCAGCAGGAUUCGCAAAUGUGACAAUGGAAAAUGGACGCCCCUGAGGCUGAAAUGUGAACGGAAGCCGUGUGGCCAUGCAGGAGAGAUUAUAAAUGGACAGUUUGUUUACACUGGCGUAGAGUUCGGAGACACAGCGACAGCCAAGUGUAAUGCGGGGUAUAUACUUGUAGGACGAGCCACCAGGCACUGCAUGAGCAACGGCUGGGACGGUCGUCUUCCUGUCUGUGAAGCUGUUGAAUGUCAAGAGCCAAUGGAGACUAGCGCUGUGAGGAAACAUGUCCAGGAGCCGCCGUACACAUACAGGAAUGUGAUUAGCUAUCAUUGCCGAGAGGGAAACCUUGUGGGGCCAAGCGACAUAUGGUGCACUGAGAACGGGACGUGGAGCUCAUCUCCUCCACAAUGCAAAGCAAUAACAUGUCCGUCACCAAAUGUUUCCAACGCCUUAUGGAUUAACUCAAACAAGCAAACCUAUCAUCUUAUGGAGACAAUCGAUUCGUUCAUAUGCAAAUAUGACUAUGUUCUUACUGGACCAAGACUCAUAACCUGUGGCUGGGAGGGCCAAUGGAUGCCGGGCCUUCCCCAGUGUCAACCCCGACGCAGGAGGGGCUAAUCUGCUGCCAAAGAUUCGAUAUUGCAAUAUUUAAUGCAACUUGCAAACACUCUCAAUAAAAUAAGCAUUUUCUUUUAAACUUACAAUGCAAUGCUUUCAACAUAAAUAUUGUUCAAAUCAACCUUUUAUAAUGCACUACUUAAUAUUUUGCUCCUGUGUACCAUCACUAUAAAGACAUUAAAUACACUGAAAAGGAAA